GGCGAGCCGCUCCAUAUAGCUUCAGACUAUAGUCCAAGACCCUCAAGUCUCUCUCGGCAACCGCGUGGCUCUUUGCUAGUAGUUCUUCAGUUUAUUAUUAACUACAAGAUCCAUCAGCAUGACGCGGAGGUCCUGUGCUCUCUACGUGGUGGGGAUCGCCUGCGCCAGCAUGCUGGUCAUCGGGAUUGGGUUAACGCUCUCUCACGUCUUCAGGAACAUCAUCCACAACCGUUUGAAAGGGGAGAUCACUUUGACGGAGGGCAGCCGGGUGUUCGAGUCAUGGAAGAGCCCCCCCCCUCCCGUGUACAUGCAGUAUUUCUUCUUCAACAUUACCAAUCUGGCGGAGGUGGAGGGAGGGUCCAUGGCCAUACUGUCUCAGGUCGGACCCUACACGUACAGAGAGUACAGGCCUAAGGCCAACGUGACCGUGGCGGAGGACGGCAUGAAGGUCUCGGCGUACUGCCCCAAGACCUUUGUGUUUCUGCGUGAGAAAUCCGUCGGUGACCCAGCUGAUGAUGUCGUCAACACGAUCAACAUUCCAGCCUGGGCGGUGAUGAACAAGGCGAAGGGUUUCUUCAAGGCGUCCGCUGUCUCCAUCUGGUUGAGAGGUAUGGGCGUGGGCCUGUACACCACCCGCACCGUGGCCGAGCUGCUCUGGGGCUACGAGGACCCCAUGCUGGUCAGCCUCGCCACCACCACCCCGGAGGUGGACGGGGUGUUUGGGCUGAUGUACAAGAAAAACGGAUCUCUUGGUGGGGAGUUUGUGUACCACACCGGGAAGCAGAACUUCAUGGAUUAUGGUCGAGUUCAUACAUGGAGCGGUCAAAGCCAGCUCAAAUUCUGGAAUUCAAACCAAAGCAACUCCAUCAAUGGAACAGAUGGGAGCGCUUUCCACCCCCUGCUGUCUAGAGACGAGCGCCUCUACGUGUUUACAUCUGACCUUUGCCGGUCUAUCUUCAUGGAGUUCGAGAAGGACGUGACGGUGAAGGGGAUCCCCGCGUACCGCUUCACGCCGCCGCGAGCUGUCCUGGCCAGCAAGGAGGAGAACCCGGCCAAUGAGGGCUUCUGCGUCACGCCCAAGGAGUGUCUGGGUUCUGGCGUCCUCAACGUCAGCCCCUGCCGAAAGGGCGCUCCGGUGGUCGCUUCCUUCCCACACUUCUACCUUGGGGACCCCAAAUAUGCCAACGGCGUAACGGGGCUCAACCCAGUGAAGGAGUUACACCAGACCUUCCUGGAUCUGAACCCUACCACUGGGAUUCCUGUUCGUGCGAGCAAGAAAGCCCAGGUUAACAUCCACAUCGGCAGGAUCAACUACUUCCCGGCAACAAGGAAUCUAAAUGACACAAUCUUUCCAGUCAUGUUUAUCAACGAGACUGUGGAGAUUGACGACGCUUCCGCAGAGAGACUCAAGAAGCUGCUUCUCAUAGAGACUGUGGUGUCGAACUUCCCUCUCCUUAUCGUGGGCCUGGGUGCCAUCUUGCUUGUCGUCUUCAUCAUCCUCCUGUUUCGCAGCCGCCACCAGCAGAAGGAAGUUAAAAAGAUUGCGUUCACCAAGCCUCUCUACGCUGCCUCUUCUACCGCCAAAGACGACUCACCCUACACGGCCGUGGGUCAGAAAGAGAAGGAAGAUCCCCAGAACGGAACAGACAUGCACCUGUCGCCUCUGACCUCCGAGCAGUAGUACACUUCGCCAGCAGGGGACGCAUGUCUGCGCACAGGCACCCCUGUGGAGGACGGCCAGUCGGAAGGAUUUGAUAGAGGUCCAAAUUGUUUUUCGGAGAGAGGAAAGAAUUCCAUCUGUAUUUAUAAGCAUACUCAUGAUAAGUAUAAGGAGAGUUUACUCAACGUCCCGCAAGAGAUUGAUAAAAGUUAUAUUUUUAUAAUAUUCUCUAUGAUAGAUACUUAUCGUCUCAAAAACACAAUGGCGGCAUGUCCGGUUAAGUAUUAGAAGAGUUACUGUGUUUGAAAUUUGUUAUUUACUAAUGGAGAGGCCUUUACUCCUUUUGGUACAUCUCAAUUCACUUUUUUGACAACAAAAAUAUGUGUUACUUAUUCCACAGCCUUCCUAUGUUACAUUUUCAGUCUAUUCAAAUAGUUAUGGUAAUGGUCUUGUUGUUCAUUGUUUUUAGUCAAUAGAAACUCAUAAAUACAAACUCAUCACUCUUAUGACACUGUUUGUACAUAGACUUGGAAUCUUGAACUGCAUAUAUUCCUCUUAAUGUUUAAUAUCAUCGCAUCAAGUUUAAAGCUGUGAGAAAUGUUCACUGUUCUGUAAAGUUGUGUUUUUUUUGUUGAUUGUGUAAUUCUAAUGUUGGAAAAUUGUAGAGAUGUAUAGAAGUUAUUCAUAUUUGUUUUUUCUUUGUAGUGCCAUGCAAGCAUUUAUAUUGGUAAUGGAACGUUCAAAUUUUUUACUUACAACUACUUUGUUUAUUUCCCUUAGCCUGUGAAAAUGUUGCUCUAACCCUUGUCACUCUGUUACAACCUCUUCGUGAGUUUGAGUCUGGACAAAAUCCAUUUUUGUACCACAGAAAUUUCAAAAAUGUAACUGGUUUAGACACAAUUAAGACAUUGCACAUUGAUUUUCAAUGCGUCUGUGUUAUGGCUGUGGCUUAGCCUAACUGUUAUAAAACACUGAACUGUUUUGAACUGUUACUGAAGGCAUUGAAUAUUUACAUUUCUUUGAUUCAUCUACCAAUGGUAGGAUAUUAGAGAACGUCUAACCAGGUCUGAAACUUUGAAAAUGUCAAAGGUUUACUUGAAAGAGAGCUUCAAAAUACAACAUAUCAUUUAAUUGUUCCAUGCAAUAAGCCCAUUAAAAAUUCCAGGGUUUUUCAAAUCAUUUAAGUUAUUUUUCCAACUAAAUUAAGCAAAAUGCUGAAACAGAGCUUUUAAAUAAAUCGAACAGAAUUUGUAGCCAACAUUUAUUUUUUUAUUCUGAAUAGGCUCAAACGGUUCAAACUUGUUUGAACCGAGCCUGGCUAUGCUCAGUUAAAAAACGAUAGUGGCGUAUCUGUAGAAUUGUACGUAUUUCAAAGUUGAAAUUGAAUUUUCUUUUCUGUGUAAUUGAUUCUUGUGUUUCACGAAAUAUAAUACAAUCAAAUU